UCUUCUGAAGAAACAAAAUGAGAGCCAGAGUGGAGCACACUUGCUGCAGAAAGCAGGCAAUAAAGAGAGGGUUUUGGUCACCAGAGGAGGACAGGAAACUCACGAGAUACAUUGGUGUCCAUGGCCAUGGCUGCUGGUCAACCCUUCCUGAUAGAGCUGGGCUACAGCGUUGUGGCAAGAGUUGUAGACUAAGAUGGAUGAAUUAUUUAAGGCCGGGGAUUAAAAGAGGCAAUUUUAGUAUGGGGGAAGAGAGCACCAUCAUUUUUCUUCAUAAAAUCAUGAACAACAGGUGGGCACAGAUAGCUAAGUAUUUGCCAGGAAGGACAGACAGUGAAAUAAAAAACUACUGGAACACUUGUCUCAAGAAAAAGGCUGCCAAUAACCAUGAUAAUCAGAGCUUAAGCGAGCUCUCUACUACUUUUGAUAGCCUGCAAAUGGACAUUAUUUCAGAUGAGGUGAUGGUCAAUGAUAGUCUUCACAAAGAUAUGGAUUUCAGUGAUUCAUUUCUUCAAUCCGCAGCUCCUCAAGAAUACUAUAACUCACUUGUGCAUGAAAUGGUCGUUCCAUAUCAGGCAACUACACAGAACUUCACCAUUUCAGCAGGUGAAAAUAGCAAGACAGACAGUAGCCAAGACCCAAGUCAAUCAUCAAUGCUAAAUAACCAAGUUCAGAAUACAGAGAUAUCAUUUCAAGACGAUAUCAUUUUGAUGAAAUCUUAUCCAGAUGAAAAUAAUGGCUAUAAUAUGCCUUGUAUUUUAGCAAAUGAUGGAUCAGAUUCUAAUGUCAACAGUAAUGCAAUGUGGGUAUCGUCAUUCAAUAUGUUUUCAGCAGAUUUACCAGGACCGAAUCUUCUACAGUAGUAAUGUGACAGAUCAGCUCAGUGGAGACUAUGCAACAAAAAAGGUAAUGGUACAGUAUUAUUAGGUGUUUGUUUCAGUAAAAUAUUCAUGUUAAUAGCAAGAAAAUGUAUGUUUACAGUUAGGGAUACAAGGUAGCACAUUUGAUUCGUUUAUGAUUGCUGUUAUAAUACAGCUGUGUUGUCUACGACAACUUACCUAAAAGUCUAAAGUUGUAUUCACAUCUUUUUUUUAUGAGAAUUGCAGUCUACAUUA